AUGCCACCAACGGAAGAAGGUCAGGAUGUUGAAGCCAAGAAGGUGCUUCUUUGGGAUAGAAAGACCGAGGGGGGCUUUCCAGAAACGAAAGUGUUGAAGCAAUUGGUGCGAGAUCACAUCGAUCCAUCACGAGACUUGGGGCAUUCGGACAAGCAUGGAAAGAAGAAGGAAGACAAGACAGAAGAUACAAAACAAGAGUCAGAGGCGAAGCAAGAGCAGGGUCAAGCGAGCGAAAGUGAACAGGUCAAGAGAAAUCCAGAUGGCACUGUCUGUGAGGACUGUAAAUGA